AUGGUUAACUUCACUGUCGACGAAAUUCGUGGCUUGAUGGACAAAAAGAAGAACAUUCGAAAUAUGUCCGUCAUUGCUCACGUCGAUCAUGGUAAAUCAACCUUGACUGAUUCACUUGUCUGCAAAGCUGGUAUCAUUGCUUCACAAAAGGCUGGUGAAAUGCGUUUUACAGAUACACGAAAAGAUGAACAAGAACGUUGCAUUACCAUUAAAUCAACAGCGAUUUCACUCUUUUACGAACUACCUGCCAAAGAUUUAGAAUUCAUUAAACAAGAACGUGAACCUAAUGUAUCGCACUUCUUAAUCAAUCUUAUUGAUUCACCAGGCCAUGUUGAUUUCUCAUCAGAAGUCACUGCUGCAUUACGUGUUACUGAUGGUGCUCUGGUUGUCGUUGAUUGCGUUUCAGGUGUCUGCGUACAAACUGAAACUGUUCUUCGCCAGGCUAUUGCUGAACGUAUCAAACCAAUUUUAUUCAUGAAUAAAAUGGAUCGUGCUUUACUUGAAUUACAACUUCAACAAGAAGAUCUUUUUCAAACAUUUCAACGUAUUGUUGAAAAUGUUAACGUUAUCAUUGCUACAUAUGGUGAUGACAGUGGUCCAAUGGGUGAAUUACAAGUUGAUCCAACAAAAGGUACAGUCGGUUUCGGUGCAGGUCUUCAUGGUUGGGCUUUUACACUCAAAGAGUUUGCUGAAAUGUAUGCGUCGAAAUUCAAAAUUGAAGUUUCUAAAUUAAUGAAACGAUUAUGGGGCGAUAAUUUCUUCUCACCUACAGAAAAGAAAUGGUCAAAAUCUGGUGGCGAAGGUUACGUACGUGGCUUCUGUCAAUUUGUUCUUGAUCCUAUCUUCAAAGUUUUCCGAGCUAUUAUGGAUUGUAAAAAAGAUGAUUAUUUACAAUUGCUUGAUAAAUUGAACAUCAAGUUAUCAGGUGAAGAUAAGGAAAAAUUAGAAGAAGGUGGUAAACCACUUUUAAAGCUUGUUAUGAAACAAUGGUUACCAGCUGGCGAUGUUCUUCUUACAAUGAUUGCCAUUCAUUUACCAUCGCCUGUUGUUGCACAAAAAUAUCGUGCUGAACUUCUCUAUGAAGGUCCACAAGAUGAUGAAGCUUUCAUGGGCAUUAAAACAUGUGAUGCAACUGCUCCAUUGAUGAUGUACAUCUCUAAAAUGGUACCGACAUCGGAUAAAGGUCGUUUCUAUGCAUUUGGUCGUGUCUUUUCGGGUAUUGUUCAAACAGGUCAAAAAGCACGUAUCAUGGGUCCCAAUUAUGUACCCGGUAAAAAGGAAGAUCUUUACGUUAAAAAUAUUCAACGAACAAUUCUUAUGAUGGGUCGUUACACUGAACCAAUUGAAGAUGUACCAUGUGGUAAUAUCUGUGGUCUUGUCGGUGUUGAUCAAUAUUUAAUUAAAACUGGUACAAUUACAACAUUUGAAAAUGCUCACAAUCUUCGUGUCAUGAAAUUCAGUGUUAGCCCUGUCGUACGUGUUGCUGUUGAACCUAGAAAUCCAGCUGAUUUACCAAAAUUAGUCGAAGGUUUGAAACGUUUAGCCAAAUCAGAUCCUAUGGUUCAAUGUAUCAUUGAAGAAUCUGGUGAACAUAUUGUUGCCGGCGCUGGUGAAUUACAUCUUGAGAUUUGCUUGAAAGAUCUUGAAGAAGAUCAUGCUUGUAUACCAAUCAAAGUUUCGGAUCCCGUCGUAUCAUAUCGUGAAACUGUGUCCGAAGAAUCCGAAAUUAUGUGUUUAUCUAAAUCGCCCAAUAAACACAAUCGUAUCUUCUUAAAAGCUCGACCUAUGCCUGAUGGCUUACCAGAAGAUAUUGAUAAAGGUGACGUAACACCACGUCAAGAAUUUAAAGCACGUGCACGUUAUCUAAAUGAGAAAUAUGAUUACGAUGUCAAUGAAGCACGUAAAAUCUGGUGUUUUGGACCCGAAGGAACUGGACCAAAUCUUUUAAUGGAUUGCACUAAAGGUGUUCAAUACUUAAAUGAAAUUAAAGAUAGUUGUGUUGCUGGUUUUCAAUGGGCUACUAAAGAAGGUGUGCUCGCUGAAGAAAACGUUCGUGGUGUUCGUUUUGAUAUUCAUGAUGUUACAUUACAUGCUGAUGCUAUUCAUCGUGGUGGUGGUCAAAUUAUUCCCACCGCUCGUCGUGUACUCUACGCUUCAAUGCUUACAGCUAAGCCAAGACUUUACGAACCAGUUUAUCUAUGUGAAGUACAAUGCCCUGAAGUUGCUGUUGGUGGUAUCUAUGGUGUGUUGAAUCGUCGUCGUGGUCAUGUUUUCGAAGAACAUCAAGUAACUGGAACACCCAUGUUCGUUGUUAAAGCUUAUCUACCUGUCAAUGAAUCAUUUGGUUUUACUGCUGAUCUUCGAUCGAACACUGGUGGACAAGCAUUUCCACAAUGUGUAUUUGAUCACUGGCAAGUUAUGAAUCAAGAUCCAUUUGAUACAACAAGCAAGAUUCGCCAAAUUGUUAAUGAUAUUCGUAAACGUAAAGGAUUAAAAGAAGGUAUUCCACCAUUGGAAGAUUAUUAUGACAAAUUAUAA